GUAGCAGAUGGGCGCGUGGCAUCCGCCAUACCGCACCCAUCGCGGACUAACCCCAAACUAGGUAAAUUGGGGCCAUUCCCCGUAUAACUUUUCUCCAUAUCUCCGCCGCCGUCCGCUUCCCAACUUGUUUGGGCCUAUGAUGGCUGAUGCAGACCUCGACGAAGCCAAGCUCCAACUCUUCCUCCAAUGGCUACAGGCCAACGGCGGCGAGCUUCGCGGCUCCACCAUCCGCCACUGCGGCCCCAGCAGAGGCUUCGGCGUCUUCUCCACCUCCCUCCCCGCCCACAACAACGGCGAUGGUGUCGUAAUGGUGGUGCCGCUCAAUCUGGCCAUCACCCCCAUGAGGGUCCUUCAAGACCCCUUUCUGGGGCCCCGGUGCCGUGCCUUGUUUGAGGAGGGGCACAUCGACGAUCGCUUCCUCAUCAUGCUCUUCUUGAUGGUGGAGCGCCUCCGCUCGAACUCACUGUGGAAGCCGUACCUGGAUAUCCUACCAAGCAGCUUUGGAAAUCCCCUUUGGUUCACAGAGAAUGAACUUAAUGAAUUAAAAGGGACUACAUUGUACCGUGCCACUAUGUUACAGAGAAAAUCAUUGCAAGCAUUAUACCAAGAUAAGGUGAAGGGCCUGGUUGAGGAGCUUUCACAUUCUGAUGAGUUGCAAAGUACAAGAGAAGUACAAUAUGAAGACUUCCUAUGGACUGCCGCUUUUCAUCCUCAUGACAGGGCAAACUCUAUAUUUUGGACUCGAGCUUUGAACAUACCAUUUCCUCAUUCUUAUGUAUUUCCUGGGUCAAUAGAAGAGCAAGACAAGGAAAGUUCUUUCUUGGGUGGUGACUACGGUGCCUCUGUAACCCAAGUUCCUGGUGAAACGUCCAAUUGGAAACAAUCUAGAAAUAGCGAGGAUGCUGGCAUUCUGUUGGAGAACAACAGUGGUGAUGAAACUUCCAAAUCAGUUAAUAGAGAUCCUCUUUGGGUUGAGGGUCUUGUCCCAGGAAUUGAUUUUUGUAACCAUGGUUUUAAAGGUGCAGCAACAUGGGAGGUUGAUCCAACAGGUGCCAUAACUGGAGUUCCGGCUUCAAUGUACCUUGUUCUUGGUUCGAGUUCGGGCGUCUCCGGUGAGCGUGAGGAUCGUGCUGAUCAGAGAAUUAUUGAUGGUGAAGCAGAGAUAUCCAUUAGCUAUGGUAACAAAGGAAAUGAGGAACUAUUAUACCUUUACGGUUUUGUGGUGGGUAACAAUCCAGAUGAUUAUCUCAUGGUACACUAUCCUGUGGAAGCUCUCCAACAGGUCCCUUUUUUUGAUAGAAAAUCUAUUCUUAUGGAGAUACAGGAGGCUGAACUGAGAUGUCUCCUACCAAAAUCUUUGCUAGACCAUGGUUUUUUCAGCAACUACCCUCUUGAAGAAGAGGAUAAUAAGAGAAGUUCUAGUCUGAUCUCCAAUUAUAGUUGGAGUGGUCGGCGCAAGGUUCCUUCAUAUUUAAGUAAGUUGGUUUUUCCUCAGGAGUUCAUAACAGCUUUAAGGACCAUCGCCAUGAAAGAAGAUGAGCUUGACAAAGUUUCUUCUUUGUUAGGUGAGCUUGCGGGAUCAGAAGAGGAGAGAGAACCGUCAGCCAGUGAGGUGCAAGCAGCUGUAUGGGAAGUUUGUGGGGAUUAUGGAGCCUUGGAGUUGCUUGUUGAUCUUCUUCGUGUCAAGAUGGUUGAACUGGAAGAGGGUACGGGAACAGAAGCAUCAGACACUGAAAUUCUCGAGAAGCUCCAUUUCGAGGACCCUGAAGACUGCACAAGCCUUAAGAGUUGUUGCCGCAGAAAUGAGCAGACAACUGAUGGCAAGUUGAGAAGAAAUUAUUGGUCUAGUGUAGUAUACAGAAGAGGGCAAAAGCAGCUGACUAGCUUAUUUUUGAGAGAAGCAGAACAUGCUUUGGAGUUGUGCGCUAAAGGAUAGCCUUGAGAAGUGCCUUUGAAUAGGGUAGCUCAUCAAUCUCCACACAUUUCAAGUGAAAUAAAGUCUCUCUUUCUUGGCAAACGAAUUGUUAUGAAUUGAUUUAGAAGGCGAAGCAGGCACAAUGACAAUGUUUUCUUCGAUUUCUUUUCCCUGCUAAACUGCUCUUCGCCCAAAUUUUUUCUUGUAAAAUGUGAGAUUGUGAACUUUGAAAGCAUCCCAACUCAAUCUAGCACAGGACAGAAGUGAAAAGCAUGAGAUUUGGCCGUGAUCAACAACAAAAUUAAAAUAACUGUUACUUCGUAAGCUACGGCGCAGUGGCAACAGUAUCAUGAAGCAGCACAACCAUUCCUUGCUAUUGAUGUUAUAAACCAUAUACAUUUCUUUUGCUUCGCUUGUAGAGUUCUCUGUAAAUUCUAACUCUUGUUAACAGGAAUGGUCACUUGAAUAGUAGACUCUUGUGGCUGCUAAUAUUUUCUAUAUAUUAUCGAGCAUGGUCGGAGAUCUCUCUAUGCGUGGAGCCUCAUGAAAAGAUAAGAUGAGGUUUUGAACCUCAAAUCUCUUCUUAAGAAGUGCAGAGCAUUAAUUUGUUUAGCGGAAGUUCUCAACAUGUAGUAAUAAUGGAAUACAAAUUAACGAUGGGCUGUGUUUGACGCUUAGUCGUUGACUAUAAUAAUUAAACGGCGUAGUUUUUUUGUUAUA